AUGAGGGUUCUUCCCCGUUCUGGCGAAUGCUGGAAGGUUUUUGGUAUUACAAUGUUUUUCGUAACUGGUUCCUUAGUUCCUGUACUUAAUGGAAUUAUUUUAAAGAAUACUUAUUCAUGGAAAUAUGGAUUAAGUAUUCAAUUUUCUAAACCAUGGUUUACAAACUUCAUGUUAUUCUCUGGAAUGGCCCUAUUUUCAAUUCCAUUCCUUGUGAAAUUCAUUUACAAUAAGCGCAAGAAAAUUCCAACAGAAACAUUCGAUUGGUAUAAGUUUAGAGCAACUUCAAUUCCUUCUAUUCUAUAUUUAACAGCAACUGCGUUACAAAACUACGCUUUGUUAUACAUGCCUAUUACUGUUUGGCAAGUUUUCUUCUCUUUUCAAGUUCUUUUUACUACACUUUUUGCUGUAACAUACAGAAAACAGCAACUUUUCUUGGUUGACUGGCUUGGCCUAUUCGUAACUGUCUCAGGAAUCGCUUUUACUGGCGUUGCGGGUUUAUUACGCGGUGUUUCGUCAGCUGAGCAGUCAAUUUCGAAAAUGUUUUACAUGUUCAUUAUUGCCAUUUUCUCUCAUGGCAUCAAGGCUCUUGAAACAAUUCUCGAAGAAAAGUUAAUGCAUCAAAUGCACGGUAUUACGGGCACUCAACUCACUGCUUUUGAAGGAUUAUGGGGAUUCUUUAUACUACUAUUCAUAUGCUUACCGAUCUGUCAGUCCGUUUCCAAAUCUUCCGCAUUAUACGAGAAUACAAUCGAAUCUUUUCAACAACUAGCAAGGUCAAAAAUGCUAAGUUUUCUUAAUGUACUGUAUUUAAUACUUUUUACUAUAUUCUCUUACUUCGGUUUUCAAGUUACAGAAAUGUCUUCUGCUAUUCACAGAAAUAUGUACGAAACCGUCCGACCAUUGACUGUUUGGAUGGUUUCUACUGCUUUGAGAUACAUUACAGGCAAUAAACUCGUUGGAGAACAAAUAGAUAAUUAUUCCAUCAUCGAGCUUACAGGAUUUUUCAUUUCAGUUAUCGGAUCCCUGAUAUACAAUAGAGUUCUGAGAUUCCCUUGUUUGAUUUAUAUCGAAGAUGAACUCAAUCAGAAAAAUAUUUCAAAUCUUGAUUCUCAGCCACUUCUAUUGAAUAAGAAUCAAGAUUAUUGA